AUGGCGGAAGCUUCCAGAGAUUUGGCACAGGGCACCAUCGAGGUGAUGGUGUCCGAAGUGGUUUGCGCGAAGGAGCGGAUGGAAGCGCGAGAGGUGGAAGAGGCAUACCAAAAGUUUGAAGAAAGCGAAGAACACAUUCAGGAGUUGCUUGACAGGGGCGCCAUCACCAACGAUGAAGCUCGAAAGUUGCGGACGAGAGCCAAAAUGCACCAGCAAGAUGCCGAGCCCGAGAAACCCAAAAUCUCCAGCGCGGUCAUGGCAGGGGCAGACCAAAUGACGAAUGAGCAAAUGAUCGAAGAGGCCUUGAAAGGCAAACGCCGAUUUUGGCUCAUCGAAUGGAUGCGCAAGACAUUCAGGAUCGACAAAUUGCAAGAUCGAAUAUCCCGCGAGAAGCGUCGACGCGCUCACCCAGAAUUUGUGCAUAAGUGCCCCCUCAUUGCCGGCAUGGUGAAGUCUGGAAUGACUUUCGAGCUGGUGACCUUUUUUCUAGUUGCUCUGAACGGCCUCCUUACGGGCGUGCAGAUCUCUGUCGCCACCUCACAUGCAUGUUUCAGCCUCAGAAAUGUCAUCACCUACCGACGGCCAGAGGAAGCACUUUUUACAUCAGAUGCAGUGUGCACAGACUCCCAGGAAAUCUUGCAACCCUUCUUCCUUUGUGAGCCCCCCGAGCAGGUGCGGCUAUUCAUCACGCUCUUUUGCGUGAGCGUUGCCGCGGGCUUGAUCAUACAUCACCCGGCAGCGGUCAGAUUCUACCGAUUGACAAUGCGCGCCAAUCUGACGCACAAUAGCCGCAGAGGUUUGGGAUAUACGGCCUGCAAGGCCUACGGCCUUUUCCCAAUACCGAAACUGCCAGAAAGUCACUUCCAAAUGGUUGGCUGGCUGCUCGUCGUGUCUCUACUCCUAGCUUGCCAUGCGCACCUGGCGCCGCGAUUUUUCCUCUUUGCUGGAUUUGGUUUGUACUUCCUGUACUUUGGGCAGCUGUUCUGCGAGUCCAAGCAUGGCGGGCAUGGCGCUCUGCUGCUGCCUUCGAUCCUGCUGCUCUUGGCUCUGAGUGGCGGUCCAAGGGGGACUCCCUGGAGCCUUGUGUUCAUCAAGUUGUUUCUGGGAGUGGUCUACUUCGCCGGCGCUGUGUCGAAAGUUGUGGUGCCCUGUGUGUUUGGCCGGCCCUGGCUUGGCAGCACAAUGCAAGCCUACAUCCUGGAUGCCAUGUGGAGCCGACCGCACUCCUGGCUUCUGGUGCAGAAGUUGCAGCUUAUACUGCUUCAACGGUGGUGGCUGUGCACCUUUAUGGCGGUGUCAGCACUGAUUUUCGAAUUUGGAUGGCUGCCUCUUGUAAUGCUGGGCGGCCGAACGGGCUCUGUUCUUGCGGGAGCUGUGGCAUUUUCAUUUCAUCUUGGCGUCGAUAUUUUGCAGGGUCUGGACUUCAAGCCAUUCUGGUGUCCGGUUUUCUGGGUUUUCCUGCCGGACUUGCAGUCAUUGUGGCAUGGUCAGGAUCUGCCGAACGAGACGUGGACGAAUGUACUUGCGCAGGGCUUCGUUGAAGAGCCGUGCCGCUGGAUCAUGAGUGCAACGUACCUCGUCCUCCAGGUCAUUGUUGCUAUCCGCUUCAUGGACUGCAGAGAGGGCAUGGAGUGCUUGCCACUCACAUGCUGCCCCAUGUUUGCGGUGCCCCGCAACAUCUUCGAAGACGAGCUCCGCGGAGGGGUGAUGACCGACAUGGAUCUUAGAGGAGGUGGUUAUGUGGACUUCGCCUACAACUUCUUUCCGUGGAUGUCAGAUCUUCCGAUGAGAGAUGUUGACAUGCAGCGCAUGCCGGGCCGGGUCCUCUUUUGGAUGUCCACGCUUCAUUGCGAUCCUAAUCUUACGAGAUUGCUGAAGCCGGAGUUCUUGAACAAGGAGCUUCUUCUCAGCGCAAACUUCGAGAUUUCACCUGCCCUGGAAUCCAAGCUUCACGAAUAUGUGAGGCAGUUGGAGCAGGCUUCCCCAGCAGACUGGGCUGAUCCUGCCAAGAUUGGUUCCAUCGUGGAGCUGCAAGCUGAGUGUCGGAACCUGUUUGAAGCGCAUACGUGCCGCACCAAACCUCUUCAGGACUGCGUCGACUCUGGCGAAAUUAGCGUAAAACAGAGUGGACCUGUCCUGUUGAACUUCAUGAGCUUCUUUACGCCGACAUUUUGCUUCAUCGGAGAGAUCAUUCUGCGCGUUAUUGCCGACGGGUGGACGUGGUUUUUUGCGGCCGGGAACGCCAGUGACGUGGUGUUGAUCGCAGUUACAGGAAUCAUCCCAAGCUAUAUCUUGGGACCUGUCUUUGACUUCCAGAGUCCACUUUUCCGGAUUGGGCAGGCUUUGCGAUGCAUUCGCCUCAUUCGAAUCCUGAAAAGCGUUCGCACCAUCAGUUAUUUCCGAAUUCUUUGGUCGCUCGUCAGCGGUAUUGUUGACAGCGGCCGUAUUCUUCUGUGGACCCUGACGAUCAUCACGGUGGUCUUGUACAUGUUUUCCAUCUUCUUCGUGCAGCUGCUGCUGCACUCUGGUCUAGAGUUUACAGAAGAAGUGCAAGAAUCUGUCAUCGACAUUCAUUUCUUGACCGUCCCGGAAGCCAUGUUCACGUUGUUUCAGUGCCUCACGCUGGAUAGCUGGACAUCAUUGAGCCGACCGCUGCAAGUUGGUCAUCCUCAAAUCGGCAUCCUCUGGGUGCUUUAUGUGGCGGUGGCUUGCAUGGUGCUGAACAAUCUCGUCAUUGCCGUCAUCGUGAACAAUGCAUUUGCUAGAGCGGAGCAGGAUGAAGAGCUCCAAGCCUCAAUUGCUCGAGAAACAACAGAAGGAGAGCUGAAUGAUCUCAGGACUCUGUUUGAUGAGCUUGUGAAGGAGGGCAGUGCGUACCUCACGCGAAAGGAGUAUGAGCAAGCCCUCGGAACCAGCGAGUCCUUGUGGACGAAGCUCAAGAUUGUCAACUUAGAGGAGAACGAGAUUUUGAAUCUUUGGUCGUUUAUAGAUUUUCCAGACGAAGUUGAUCGCGAAUAUUUCGCUUCACAGAUUCGAAACCUGAAAGGCGAAUGCAAAGCAAAAACCAGCUUCACCGUGGCCAUGACUCUCAAGAAACUAGAUACGAGACUAAAUCAGGCCAGAACGAAUUUGGAGGUGCAUAAGAGGAUGUGCGAGGCUGGUGUGUGCACUUGUCGAACUGCCUGUGCUUGUGCUGCUGACGUCUGUACUUGGACGGAUGGGGAUUAA